CUGGAUGAGGCUUUGAGCAACCUGUCUUGGGACAAGAAUCCAAAAACUUCUGCAAUAGUGAAGCAACUGGUCGCUGAAGGAAAUGCCGGAGAACUGCAGAAAUACUUUGGCUCGCGGAUGGAAUUUGGCACAGCAGGGCUCAGAGCUGCCAUGGGAGCAGGGAUUUCCCACAUGAAUGACUUGACUAUUAUCCAGACAACCCAGGGAUUUUGCAGAUACCUUGAGAAGAAUUUCAGUGACCUGAAAAAGAGAGGAGUGGUGAUUGGUUUUGAUGCUCGUGCCCAUCUUUCCAGUGGAGGUAGUAGCAAAAGGUUUGCAAGACUUGCUGCUAAUACCUUCAUCAGUCAAGGAGUUCCAGUUUAUCUGUUCUCUGAUAUAACACCAACUCCCUUUGUGCCUUACACAGUAACUCAUCUGAAGCUUUGUGCUGGAAUUAUGGUAACGGCUUCCCACAAUCCAAAACAAGAUAAUGGCUACAAGGUGUACUGGGAAAACGGCGCUCAGAUAAUUUCCCCUCAUGACAAAGGAAUUUCUCAGGCUAUUGAGGAGAACCAAGAGCCAUGGCCUCAGGCUUGGAAUGACAAACUGAUCGACAGCAGCGUGCUACUUCAUGAUCCAUAUGCCACUGUCAAUAAGGACUAUUUCAAAGACAUACAGAAGCAGUGCUUUCACAGGAAUAUAAACAAGGAAACAAACCUGAAAUUCGUUCAUACUUCUGUGCAUGGUGUAGGUCACAAAUUUGUGCAGUUGGCCUUCAGGGCAUUUGACCUUAGCCCUCCUUUUGCUGUUCCGGAGCAGAAGGAUCCUGACCCAGAAUUUCCUACAGUGAAGUAUCCAAACCCUGAAGAAGGCAAAGGUGUCCUGACGUUGUCUUUUGCUUUGGCUGAAAAAGAUGGAGCAAAAAUUAUUUUGGCAAAUGAUCCUGAUGCUGAUCGACUUGCAGUGGCAGAGAAACAAGAGAGUGGUGAAUGGAAAGUGUUUUCAGGAAAUGAGCUGGGAGCUCUUUUAGGCUGGUGGAUCUUCACUUGCUGGAAAAAUCACAAUAGGGAUACUCGUGCCAUUAAAGAUGUCUACAUGUUAUCCAGUACUGUUUCUUCCAAAAUCCUGAGAGCAAUUGCACUAAAGGAAGGUUUCCACUUUGAGGAAACACUGACCGGUUUCAAGUGGAUGGGCAACCGUGCCAAACAGCUCAUGGACCAGGGAAAAGCUGUUCUUUUUGCAUUUGAGGAGGCUAUAGGGUAUAUGUGCUGCCCUGCUGUUCUGGACAAAGAUGGUGUCAGCGCCGCCGUUAUAACUGCAGAGAUGGCUAGCUUUUUGGCAACUAGGAAUUUGUCUUUGUCUCAGCAGCUGAAAGCUGUCUAUGAUGAAUAUGGCUUCCAUAUUACCAAAGCUUCGUAUUUCAUUUGCCAUGAUCCUAAAGUCAUUCAACAGCUUUUUGACAACCUUAGAAAUUUUGAUGGGAAAAACACAUACCCAAAAUCUUGCGGUAGAUUUAAAGUUUCUGGAAUAAGGGAUCUAACUACUGGGUAUGACAGCAGCCAGCCAGAUCAAAAGGCUAUCCUUCCCAUUAGUAAAAGCAGCCAGAUGAUAACGUUCACUUUUGCUAAUGGAGGAGUGGCCACAAUGAGAACCAGUGGGACGGAACCGAAGAUCAAAUACUAUUCCGAACUUUGUGCACCUCCUGGAAACAGUGAUGUCGAGCAGCUGAAGAAGGAACUAGAUGAAUUGGUCAACGCUCUUGAAAAACACUUCUUUCAACCAGAAAAAAAUAAUCUUCAACGAAAGACUGAGUAAAAUUACUCCCUUAAUUGGUUGUUGCGGCAUUAGAAGUGCAGUAUUUAAGAUGUAAGGAUUUAUAGGACCAAACGUCUGAGAACUCAGACUAAAAAGACUUCUGCUUUUAUUAAGAGUUAUUCUGGGUACUCUUGAAUCUAAUAUCUUACUUUGGAAGGAAAGUACCUUUACUCCUAAAGGACCAAAAAAUCAUAGUCAGUUGAACUAAAUGCUAGAAGUUGACUGCAAAUGUAUUUCAAUCAAAACCUUUUUUGAUUAAAUAUUAUAAGUAA